AUGGAUAACGAACCACUGUGUGCCGAAAUCGCCGAUGAAUAUGUCAGAGAAGUAAUGGCUAACUCACACACCGCCGAAAGUGAUCAGAAUACGGAUAGCAAAAGAUUUUACUCCGAUGAUAGUGAUGUUGAGGACACGUCUGGAGCAUUCAGGGGGCGAAAGAAAAGUAAGAGCUGUUUUGAAAGGGACGGAGAAUCAUCUGAAGGAUUCAACGCACAAUUUAUGAAGUUUGCUAAUAGUAUGCAGGAUUCCUUUAAGAAAUUAAACAUGAGGAUAGAUGAUUUAGAAGAUAAUCUGGAAAAGAAAAUAGUAGGUAGAAUUUCACAAUCUAUUAAUGCUAAAAUCGAGGAAAGAAGUGACAAUUAUGAAGGCAGAAAUUUCUGA